AUGAACCUACCACAAUUUGAGAGAUUUUCUGUACACGAUGAGCCCACUACAGUUGGUUCAAGAUGGACCAAAUACGUGAAAAGACUGGACAAUUUAUUCACAGCUUUCGCCAUUACCGACGCGAAGCAGCAGCGGACACUCCUCCUUCACUACGCCGGGCUGGAGGUGUGCGAUAUCUUCGAGUCUCUGCCGGACACAGGUGAGUCGUACGUGACAGCAAAGAGUGCUCUGGAGAAACAUUUCUGUCCUCAAGUGAAUGUUGAGUAUGAACGGUUCGGUUUUAGACAGUGCAAACAAAACGAGAGUGAGACAGUUGACCAAUAUUGUCGUCGCUUAAAGCAGUUAUCUUCAUCUUGUGAUUUUGUAAACAGGGAUUCUGAAAUCAAAUCCCAGAUCAUCCUUGGUUGUCACUCUCAGAAACUUCGCCGUCAUGCGCUGAGAGAACCACAGCUGACCCUGGAGAAGCUCCUAGGUGCGGCUCGCGUUUUCGAGCAAGCCGAUCGCCAUGCCUCCGUUAUUGAAGGCACAACGUCCGUCCAAGCAAUGAACAUUCGCUCUUCUAAGGCCUAUCAGUAUCAGCGACAACAACACUCAACAGUCCCCCUCCCAACAUCAGUCUUCUAA